AUGAUCAACACACGAAGAUUUCAAAAAACACCAAUAAAUGAAUGUGGUAUAUUAAGUAGUGGUAAACAAUUAUCAACAGCAUCAGGAGAAGGAGAAGAAAUCAAUGAUAACCAACAAGAGCAAUUACCAAGUGGUGUUAUUGAGAUGAUGGAUAAAAGUCAUACUGUCCUAUUGUCAAAAUUAUAUGAUGUAAUGAAACAAUUCCGAUUAAAAAGAAAAUCACAAUCAGUACCACCACCGUGGUCGUUAUUACAAUUCACACUCUCUAGCACUGAUUUACCAUGCCCAUGCUUUCACAAUGACACAAGUGAGGAAGACAGUCUACUACGAACAAGUAUUAGUGGUAACUGCCAACUAGUGGAUGGUCAUAGAUUUAACAAGCAUUUAUCAGAACAUCACAAAAUAUUUAGUGAUUGGAAUUGGAACUGGCUAUGGCCAUUUAUGGUGCCUUGA